AUGGAAACCCUCAACGCCGAGCAAAUCAAAACAGCCGAAACCAUAAAAAUGGCUCACACCAAUAUCAAAAAAGAUUCACCAUCGAGAAAAAACGAAGAAAACUGCGGCAGGAAGAUGGCACAAUUGGAUGAAGAAUUGGAGAACUUUGAACGAGAGUUUGACGAAAUUCAUCAAAAACUGCUAAAUAUUAUGGAGUACUGCAGGGGACUCCUGAAACCAGAAAAUUGCAGAUCCAGCGCAUCUCUGGAAGCAGAGGAACUGCAGGAGAGUGAAAAAGCCGUUCUCAAGCUUACACAGCAGCCAUAUUUUAAAAAUGACAUUGAGUUGAUCAUCAAAACAGGAAAGGUGAAGAAGUCCAGCAACCUGAAAAGCCUUAACCCAUAUAUAGAUCACGAAGGCUUACUCAGAGUAGAUGGGAGAAUAAAUAGCGCAACCCUGAAAUAUAGCCAAAGACAUCCAAUUACUCCACCCACAAGGAGCUACAUUACUAACCUCAUAAUAAGAAACACUCACUUCGGAUGGAUUAUUAGCGGAACCGCAUCAUCGAGUCUACAAUUUCGUGUAACAAGCUUGAUCACGAAUUUGAAUGAAAAUUCACAACUCACAAAAUUCUGGAACAUCGAAGAAGCAGAAAAUUCCGAGGAAACAACAAACGACGAUACUUUCGUCGAAGAAUUUUACUCCAACACCUUUCGACGGGACGAGCACGGUUACACUGUGAAACUUCCAUUCAAGAAAAGUACAACUCAGCUAGGAGAAUCGAAGCAGAGGGCACUGGCACGACUAUUUCAAUUGGAAAACAAGCUGGAUAAAGACGAAAAGCUCAGAACUAUGUAUAAUGAAUUCAUGCAGGAAUACAUUGCGCUAGGUCAUAUGAAAAUUGCUAGAUCAAAUAAUUCAGCGAAGAGGUAUUAUAUUCCACAUCAACCUGUAUUAAAAGAAGAACGUGAUACGACAAAGCUAAGAGUCGUAUUCGAUGCAAGCGCAAAGACAAGUACCGGACUCAGCCUAAACGACAUUCUUCACACAGGACCUAAACUGCAACAGGAUCUCAUAGAUAUUCUGAUAAGAUGGCGAAAACACAAAACAGCCAUAACAGCUGACAUCGAGAAAAUGUAUAGGCAGGUGAAAUUGGACGGAGAAAACCAGCCAUUACACUCUAUACUCUGGAGAAACACCAAAGAUGAGCCAAUUCAAACCUUCGAAUUAACCACUGUAACCUACGGUACAGCACCAGCAGCUUACCUGGCCAUAAGAACAAUGAGACAACUAGCUACAGAUGAAAAGACAAACCAUCCCCUUGCGGCUGAAAUCGUGCUACGGGAUUUCUACCUGGACGAUCUUCUGAGUAGCGCUGACACUAUUGAAGAAGCACGACAUAUACAAAAGGAAGUAACUAACCUACUCAAAAAGGGAGGAUUCAAUAUAAGAAAGUGGAAAUAUAACGUACUGACCGAAAGCAAAUCCACCGUCACGCUGGAUGACAAAAAUGGACCAACCAAGACGCUCGGUAUAACAUGGACUCCCAGAGAAGAUAAUAUUCAGUACCUAAUAAAACGAAACUCCGAACAUCGGUUAACAAAAAGAAAGAUCUUAUCAGAAAUCGCCACAAUCUUCGAUCCUCUUGGAUUAUUAUCUCCAGUCAUUAUACAGGCGAAACUGUUAAUGCAAGAAAUAUGGAAAACCAACACAUCUUGGGAUGAACCACCACCAGAGCACAUCAGGAACACCUGGAAAAACUUCAGAAACGAGCUUCCAAAAUUAGAAGAAAUUCAAGUUCAACGCUGGAUUCACCUACGGCGUGGUCAACCCUUGGAAAUACAUGGAUUCUCAGAUGCAUCCCUGAAAGCAUAUGGCGCUGCAGUAUACAUAAAAACAACAGACACAAAUGGGAACACCCACGUAGGACUCCUGGCUUCCAAUUCAAAAGUAUCACCACUAAAAAAUACAAAGACAAUCCCGCAGUUAGAACUCUGCGCAGCCCUUCUUCUAGCCAAACUCAUCAAACGCUGCGUUACGGCCCUGAAUCACAACAAUUCAAAAAUAUUCACCUGGUCCGACUCUCAAGUAUUAAUAUCAUGGAUAAACGCUGACGCUGGAAAGUGGAAAAUGUUCGUCGCAAACAGAGUUCGAGAAAUCCCUAACCUGCUAGGUCAAGGUCACUGGUACUACUACCGUUGGAAACAAUAUCACUUGCAUUCAGCGAUAAACUCCAGCACGAACAUCGUAAUAAUCAUUGUCAUUGUUUUACUUAUUGUUUACUUUUUGAAACAUAGGAAACAACAACAAGCACCGGCUGAUGCACACGCGAGCAAUAGACCAGUUCAUCCUGAGGAGAUCGAGCUGCAGCCAAUAUACAAUGACUCCAGACUAGGUGUCCAGCUCCAGGGAUGA